GAGAGAGAGAGAGAGAGAGAGAGAGAGAUAGAGAAAGAGAGAGAGAGAUAGAGAGCUAUAAAUUUGUGUUUCCUUGUUGGUAGGCUUAUAUAAAGAAGGAUAGGAUAUUGGGGUUUUUCUUCUUUUAAAGAUUGAAAGUAGAAUUGGCAGAGAAGAGAGAGAGAGAGAGCAACAAAAAACUAAGAAGGUAGGGGGUCAUCCAUGGAAGAACAACUUAGCCCUUUAGCUGUUACCCAUCUUCUUCAGCACACACUAAGAAGCUUAUGCAAUCCUGAAAACUCUCAGUGGGUUUAUGCAGUCUUUUGGAGGAUCCUUCCUAGAAAUUACCCACCUCCCAAAUGGGAAGCUCAUGGGGCAUAUGACAGGUCAAGAGGGAAUAGAAGGAACUGGAUAUUAGUUUGGGAAGAUGGUUUCUGCAAUUUUGGAGCGUCGUCAUCAACGACAGCGGAGAUGAAUUCAGGUGAUUGUCAAGCAGGUCCAUCCGCAUAUGGAAACUGUGAAUUCCAGCAGUACCACCAGGGACUUCAACCUGAGCUUUUCUUCAAGAUGUCACAUGAGAUCUAUAAUUAUGGAGAAGGUUUGAUAGGAAAAGUUGCUGCAGAUCAUAGUCAUAAAUGGAUAUACAAAGAACCUAAUGAACAAGAAAUCAACUUCUUAUCAGCAUGGCAUAACUCUGCUGACUCACACCCUAGGACAUGGGAAGCCCAGUUUCAGUCUGGCAUAAAGACCAUUGCCCUCAUAGCAGUGAGAGAAGGAGUUGUUCAGUUAGGAGCCAUUGACAAGGUGAUCGAGGACUUGAGCCAUGUAGUGAUGCUAAGGAAGAAGUUCAGCUACAUCGAAAGCAUCCCGGGAGUUCUUCUUCCUCAUCCAUCAUCUUCAGCAUUUCCUGCUGUCAAGGUGGAUGGCUAUGGAAACCCAGCAGAAGCAGCAGCAUGGCAUUUCCAAGCAUCUCUUGCACCUCCAACAGAUCAAUUCUACGACCAUUAUAAUAAUCAACUACCAUUGAAGAUAACUCCUUCCAUGAGCAGCCUUGAAGCUCUUCUCUCCAAGCUUCCUUCGGUAGUUCCUCCUCCUCAUCAUCAUCCAACACAGGCAUUACAGUCUCAGUUCGUGUCGUCGUCUUCGUCUCACAGGCCUUUGGAGUUUAAUAUGGGAAUGGAAAGGGUUGCUAAAGAAGAGCUUGAAGAGGAUUAUAAUAGGUGUGAGAAAGAUGUUGGUGAGAGUAGCAGUUCCAUGUCGGUUGCCGCUUACCGGCGUCAACAACACCAUUUUCAUCACCAUCAAGAUCAAAACGUAACCAGUAAUGGACCCAAUGAUGGAUUCUAACAAGUCUUGAAACUCUCUCUCUCUAUGUUGUUAAUUAAUUAAUUAGAGAUUUGAUAGAAGAUCAGCCCAAGGAUAUUGAGAAUUCUAACUAUCGUUAGUACGUUUUAUGUGAUAGCGACCUUCUAGUUAGACAUUUUUAUUUUUUUGCUCUUCUUGUUUGUCCUAGUAUAAUAUAUAAAGAUUUAAGGAUCUUCGUCUUCUUCA